CUCGACGUUGCCGAGCUAGCAACAUUUCCACACGAAGUUGUAGAAGAAGCACGUGCCACAGCAGCACUGCUGCGAGAGCAUUAUGAUGUUACACGUGAGUUAAACGGCGAGGAGCGUAAACGACGCGUCCUCAUACGUUUUAGCAAUAAGCUACGAUCGAUGCUGCCAGUGCUCAGUAAGGCGAAUCGCGCAGACGCUGCAGCAUAUCUGAAAAAGCUUCGUAAUCAGCUGAUCCAGGAAAUGGGACCUGAUGAAACGACUGAUCAUGAAAGUCAAAGAAUAGAAUUCGACAACGAAACGGGAUAUGACCGAACAGGGCCGACCGACGGCGAAGUGAGAAAUGGGAAAAAAACGGCUCACAUCAAAAAUGCCAAAACUGACAAAGCAGUGAAGGCUUACAAAGAAAUAGGUUUUGUGAAGAAGUUGGAAGCCGACAAAAUUAUGGGAACUACGCAGGGGGUGGAACUGAACAAAGAAUUGGAAGUUGACAAAAGCAAAAAAAAUUGCAAGAGGGAGGUCCAAAAUAUUAAUCGCACCAUCUGA